AGCAAACGUUCUAGGGUUGAAGAAUUUUCCGUUGAUCCCUUAAUGAAGUGGUCGCUACUUUAUAACCGGUCCCUAGAAGGGGCAGGUCUUCCUGGAAAUUUUGACAGCAGCUGUUUGCUUCUGGCUGUGACUCGGAGCCCUCAGCCUGCGGGAGAAGCUGCUUGACUACCCUGUUUCUGUCAAAUGUGAGCCAUAUUGCCACAGUUGGUUUUUAAUCCAGUUCUUCAAAAUAACAAACACGGACAAAAAACCUGAUUAAUUGGUGCUGACCUGUGGAGAUGGGGGAUGGUAUAUAAGAAGCACCAUUGCUAUCAGACAGAUGAGCAACAUGGACAUCGCUCUGGAUUGGGUAGCCCCAUGGCGCUCCCUGGUGGUUUACUAACCCGCGGUGAGGAGCCAGUACCACUGAAGAGCAUCAGUGUAACCUUGUCCAUUCGUGAGUUUGUGGCUGGUGUGUCUGCCACCUUAAACUAUGAGAAUGAGGAGGAAGUUCCUUUGGAGACCUUUUUUGUGUUCCCCAUGGAUGAAGACUCAGCUGUCUACAGCUUUGAGGCCGAGAUUGAUGGGAAGAAAAUUAAAGCAGAAUUAAAGGAUAAGAGGAAGGCCCACAGCAUCUAUGAGAGUGCCUUAAGCAACCGCCGCCAAGCUUUCCUCCUGGAGGAGGACCGGUACUCCAGGGACGUCUUCUGUUGCAAUGUGGGGAACCUGCACCCUGGGUCAAAGGUGGCACUCACUCUGAAGUAUGUGCAGGAGCUACCCCUGGAAGCAGAUGGGACCCUACGCUAUGUGCUCCCAGCUGUCUUGAAUCCUCGAUACUGUCGCCCUGGAUCAUCUGAGGACAGUUGCCUAAAUAUGAAGACUCCUGUAGUCCCUUUGGAGGAACUGCCCUAUACAUUCAGCAUGAUUGCCACCAUCAGUUCCCAGCAUGGCAUUGAGAGGAUCCAAUCCAACUGCCCCUUCAGUCCUAUGGAGUACCUUGGAGAUGAUAAGACCUCUGCUCAGGUUUCCUUGACUGAAGGACACAAAUUUGAUCGAGAUGUGGAACUCCUGAUUUACUACCGUGAGAAGCAUACCCCCAGUGUAGCCGUAGAGAUGGGGCAGGCUAAAGACAACCCAGUAGAUGGUUUGAUGAAGGAUCCAUCUGUGAUGGUGUGUUUCUAUCCAAACAUCCCAGAAGUUGAGUCACCAGUUAUCUGUGGAGAAUUUGUCUUCCUCAUGGACCGCUCAGGAAGUAUGCAUUGCCCCAUAAGUAAACAGGAUAAAUCUCAGCUGCGCAUAGAGGCAGCCAAGGAAACACUGAUUUUGCUGCUGAAGAGUUUGCCUAUAGGCUGUUAUUUCAAUGUCUAUGGAUUUGGAACUUCCUAUGAGGCAUUCUUUCCGAAUAGCGUGAAAUACACUCAGCAGACCAUGGAGGAAGCACUGAGGAGAGUUCAGCUUAUGCGGGCUGACCUGGGGGGCACAGAAAUCUUGACACCACUCCAGAUCAUCUACGGGGAACCUUCCAUCCCGGGCCACUCCCUACAGCUUUUUAUCUUCACAGAUGGAGAAGUUACUGACACAUUUAGCGUAAUUAACGAAGUCAGGAGGAACAGGACGAAGCACAGAUGUUUCUCCUUUGGUAUUGGAGAAGGAGCCUCUACCAGCCUAAUAAAAGGCAUUGCCCGUGUAGCAGGCGGCACUUCAGAAUUUAUCACCGGCAAGGCCAGGAUGCAGUCCAAGGCUCUUAGUGCCUUAAAACGUGCUCUACAGCCUGCAGUAGAAGAUAUUUCUGUGAGCUGGGAUUUGCCUCGUGGCCUGUCUGCUAAAAUGCUUUCACCAGAACAGACUGUCCUCUAUAGGGGUCAGAGGUUAAUCAUCUAUGCCCUUUUGAGUGGGACCAUGCCGCCAGCAGAUACGACAGGAGAAGUCUGCCUCAAAUACAUGCUCCAGGGCAAGAGUUUCGAGAAUAGGGUGACAUUUUCUCUGCAACCCAAGCCCGAUGACAACUUCACCAUUCACCGCCUUGCUGCUAAGUCCUUUCUCCAGACCAAGGAUAUGGGCUUCAGGGACACUCCAGCAAAAGAUAAAAAAGAUGUGCUGAAGGUCAGCAUUGACUGUGGAGUCAUAAGCUCCCAGACAGCCUUCAUUGCCGUCAACAAAAGUCUCAACAAGCCAGUUCAGGGGCCUCUGGCUCGUAGGGAUGUUCCAAGGCCAAUUCUGUUGGGUGCUGCUUCAAUGAUACCACGAUUCUAUGGAGGUGCUCAUUCAAAGCCCUCAUCCUCCUACUCUCCUCCUGCAUCUCAGCCCACGCGGACCAAUCAUUACCCAAGCGUGUCAUAUCAGCAGGAUGAUUACAAACCCUGUAGGCCCAUGAUUAGCAAGGAGAUGUGCGCUCUAGUCUUUGGGGAUAAUCAUCUUGUACAGCUGAUUUCCCUCCAGAAUGCAGAUGGUUCCUGGUAUCCAGAUGAAAAUCUGGCUGGGAUCCUAGGUAGAAGUUUAGAAGACCUACUGGCUGCAAUCCCUGUCAAGGAUGCAAAUUCCUCAAGCUGGGCCACAGUCCUGGCAAUGGUCUGGCUGCAUUCCAAUGCUAAGCAAAUGAAGUGCGAGUGGGAACUUCUGGAAAAGAAGGCCAGAACGUGGAUCCGCAUCCACGCAGCCUCCAUCAUGCAAGAGCUUGUGAAAGCUGCUAUUGCUUUUACCAAGUCAUCCGUGGACCCCGCCAUCUUUGCCCUCUGAGGAGACUGUCCAGAAAAUCAAGUGCCUCUUGCAUGCUCCUGCCCUUUCCUUUACACUCUCCUGCUGUGGUGUGUUUUUGUAUUUUACCCAUAUCCCAUCAGUUUCUUGCCAUAGGAGUGAAGGAUGUCCCCCCACCCCCCGCCACCUCGCUUCUCUGUUCCAGGUUCCCUUUGGGUAGGAUGAUCUACCUUCUCCAGAAUAUACCCUCAGCCCAGUGUCAGUGGUCCCAGAGACUGUUCCCUUUCUUGGAGGAAUUUAAAGCAUUCAUAGGCAGUGAUAUCCCUCCUGGGUUUUCCAGAGUGACCACAUGAAAUACAGGUGGCGUGGACUCCACACUAUAGGGUACAAGAGUGAUGUUAGGGGGAUACUUGAAUAAGAGAAUGCUGUGCAUUUUGUCUAUUCCCUUUGAUCUUACAUAUUUAUCGGGAUCAGACUAGUGAGCUAUCCAAUUUUCUAUUCUAAGAUAGGGCAGAGAAUUGGAGGGGAGGUUGGAAGUCAACAUCAGGAUGGAUAUAACCCCAAGACCACAAAGAGAGAGACUCCAGGGGUCCACUGUGAGAGGUGGCACUUCUUGCUUGAUCCUGCUUGGAUUUUGCUCCCCAAUACUGCAUGCCUUUCCUCUCACUGCCUACAGUACUGGAUUGAAUCAUACCCAUUGGAGACAGAUAUUUCUCCUUAAUUGUUUCUUAGUAAGAAGGUGAUAAUGGAAUCUUUAGCCCUGGCCUGAGCCGGUGAGGCCUCUAAGUCUGGCUCUGAUCCGUAAUAAAGGAAAAAGUGGGUUGAAAGGCAGCUUUGCCUGAGACCUGGGCCUGGAUCAUUCAGCCCAUGAGGAAGAAAGGAACUCCCUGUGAUUGUUUCUGACCUUUGUCCCACAUACUCUAUCCUCGUGGAAAUGACCUUGUUCCAUAUGCUGUCCCCUAAAAUACUAUUGUGUCAAUAUUAAAAUGACUGUCUCUAUACUGCA